UAUCGAAAAACGCGGACGUCUGUAGUCAUUCACUGAUGUACUCAACGUAUCAUUUUUAAAAAUGGAUUUCACCGUUAUUAAGCGUUUUUUCGUCGCUAACAUUUUAACUGUAUUUUAUAGUAUUACAGUUACAAUUGUUUCUUUAUUGAUUUACUUAAAGAAUCUAAUUUUUAAUUCUGGUAAGCAAUCAGUAUUAUCUCCACCAGCAAGUCUUUCCGAUCCAAAAUACGGUGUGCACAAAUAUGUAAAGGCAAAUAAUGUAAAAUUACAUUAUGUGGAAAGCGGUGAUCAAUCUAAACCGCUCAUGUUAUUCCUGCACGGAUUCCCGGAGUUUUGGUAUAGCUGGCGAAAUCAAAUUGUUGAAUUUAAUAAAAAAUAUUGGUGUGUAGCGGUUGAUAUGCGGGGUUACGGAGAUUCUGAGAAGCCAGAGGGACUAGAUGCAUACAAAUUAGACAUAUUAGUGGAAGACGUGCGUGAUUUUAUGCGCAAAUUGGGUCGCAAUAAGUGUAUAUUGGUGGGCCACGAUUGGGGUGGCAUAGUAGCAACCAAGUUCCGUGACACACACCCAGAAGCGUUAGACGCAUUGAUACUGCUCGCCAGCAUAUCCACAGAAGCAUGGAGUCGAGAGAUUUGGGGUAAUCUAAAACAGAACAAGAAAUCAUGGUAUAUUUUCUUCUACCGCAUGCCAAUGUUAGCAGAACUGACUGAAUCAUUGACAAACAUGAGAAUUUUCGACAUCGUUUUCAAUCAUGGUGAUAAAAAACUUGACGAGGAUACUAUGAAAUGCUACAGAUACGUAUUUCCGACACCAGCUUCUUUGACACCACCGAUAAGUUACUACCGAGCUAAUUUCAAAUUGACAUUCCCGAAUAAGUAUGUAGAUAACAAUGUUCCGAUGCUUGUGGCCAACGCAGAAUUGGAUGUAGCUUUAGCUCCAACAUUAUUGGACCGUAUGAAGGAAGAAUACAAAUACAUUGAAACAAUGUUAGUGAAAAACAGCCAUCAUUUCUAUCAAGAAGAAGAACCAGCGAAAGCCAACAAGAUUAUAAGAGAUUUCCUUGCUAAGAAUAAUUUAUAGAUCGGAAAGAUUUACUUCAAUGUUUGUUAAAAAAACAUGUAAUGUGUCUAACGGUCAAUAUU